ACUGUUGCGAACUUGGGUGCUGUUAGCGCAAUCAGCUGUUUGAAAGAAUAAACAUUUUCUCGGUGGCAACGUAAACAGAAAAAGAUAUCCAUUCCGCGAACUGAUUGAUCGGCAUUAGUCACUUGUUUGAAACACGCACACUGGAAACGGGCCACCGAAAUGCUCAAGGCCGUAAUUUUGAUCGGCGGGCCCCAAAAGGGCACCCGCUUUCGCCCACUGUCCCUGGACACACCCAAGCCACUGUUCCCGUUGGCUGGGCGUCCUUUGAUUGCCCAUCAUAUCGAGGCCUGUGCCCAGCUACCCGAUCUGCGAGAAAUCCUCAUCAUUGGCUACUAUCCCCAGACCCAGAUGGAGGGGUUCGUGAGCGAUAUGCAGGCCCUGUACAGCAGCAGUAAUAUAAACAUCAGAUACCUACAGGAGUUUACCGCUCUAGGAACGGCUGGAGGAAUGUACCAUUUUCGAGAUCAAAUCCGAACCGGGAAUCCUCGAGCCUUUUUCGUACUAAACGGGGACGUUUGUGCUGAUUUCCCGCUUCAGGAGCUGCGUGACUUCCACGAGAAGCGCCCAUCCAGCGCUCUAGUGACUAUCAUGUCAACGGAGGCCACACGACAGCAAUCGCUGCACUAUGGAUGUCUGGUUUUUGAUCGCAACACUGGAGCUGUUUCGCAUUACGUCGAGAAACCCAGCUCCUACGUAUCAACUUUUAUCAAUUGCGGCGUGUAUGUGUGCUCGAUGGAUAUAUUUACGGUGCUGGCGCAAAUUUUCCAUUCGAGAGGUCAGGAGUAUGGCUGUCAGGGUUUUAGCAAUGGAAAUGGGAAUGGCAAUGGCAGAGAGCAAGGUCACAUCAAGUGGGAGCAGGAAGUGCUCACACCACUGGCGGGGACUGAUAAGCUCUUCGCCAUGCCAGUGCCCAAUUGGUGGUCCCAGCUGAAGACAGCUGGUUCGGCCAUUUACGCUAAUCGUCACUAUUUGGGACUCUAUAAGAAAACGCAUCCGGAGAGGCUGGCCAACGUGGGCACCAAGCGAGGCGAAGGCGAUGGUAGCCUGAUCUGCACUGUACUACCCGAUGUCUAUGUCCAUCCCAGUGCCACCGUUCACCACAGCGCAGUAUUGGGUCCCAAUGUUGCUAUCGGACCGGGUGUUACCAUUGGGCCUGGAGUUCGCAUACGAGAGUCAAUUGUCCUGGAACAGGCUCAUAUCCAGGAUCAUACAUUAGUUUUGCACUCAAUUGUGGGUCGUGGUUCCACGAUCGGAGCUUGGGCCCGCGUGGAAGGCACUCCCAGUGACCCGGAUCCAAAUAAACCCUUCGCCAAAAUGGAAAAUCCACCGUUGUUCAACAACGAAGGAAAGCUUAACCCAUCGAUUACAAUUUUGGGCUGUUUUGUGCAGGUUCCCGCCGAGAAAAUACUGCUCAACAGCAUCGUUUUGCCGCACAAGGAGCUGGGUCGCAGCUUCAAGAACGAGAUCAUCUUGUGAGGCGGCGAUGAUAACCGUGCCUUGCAUUGGUCCCAAUCCUUAUCAGUAUGCCAUUUUAUACGUUUCUAUUGUGCAAUAUUUCCUAAUUCCAACUAUUAAAUGUGUCCUUGCUUUUAAAAUAAA